GCUCUACGACUGCGUUUCUCGCGUCCUAGCAUCAGUUGCAAGGAAAUGGCGUCUCAGAGGUGGAGUUCGUUUGGUCGGAUUCCCGAAAUCAUGAAUGAAUUCUGAGUUUUAUAAUGAAUUUCUCGGGAAACGAGUGACGCUUCGAUUCCGCAAUAGUACAAAUUGAUGCUUAACAAUGAACGAAGUCAGUGGUGGAAAGCAAGAGAUGGCCAGCACAUCCGCAUGGGAUGCUAUGAUGAACCAGCCAGUGGCUACGACAAUGCCAUCCAUGCACCAUCUCAAUCCACCUCUAACGCAAGAAGCUUGCCCACCGGUUACUCAGGUUAUAGUUCCUACUCCAGUCAAGCUGCAAGCUCCUAUACUCUCACCUCCCCCCAUUGCCGGAGAGCAUCUCGGCGUUCUUGGACACGUGCAAUCUCCAGGUCUUUUGGUACAGGGACCUCCGCCACCAGGUUACAUAGAACCAGAACUUUCUGUGGAAUUGCAGCAGCAAGGCUGGAAAAAGUUCUGGAGUAAAAGGGAAAACAGACCUUAUUUUUGGAAUAAAUUAACCGGAGAGUCUUUGUGGGUCAUGCCAUCGCUGAAACCUCAAUUUGACCCUAUUACGGAUCCACUGGGAAUUGGCUUGCCAAAUGUACCUGGCAAUGGACAAAUGCCUCCUGGAACACCAGGAGGUCCACUCAAGCGCAGAGCAUCAGAAGAUGGCACUGUGAUGCCUGCUCAGAAAAAAUUCAUAUUGGCGGGACCAUGGGAUUUAGAUGUGCCAACGAAUGUUAUAAUUUACGAGCGAGCUCCGACAAACCUUUUGCACGUCCAUCCCGAAGUGGAAGCUCUGAGAUGCAGUUUACUUGCAAAAUUACGUCAGUGUUAUCAAGAGCUGUGUCAUACAAGGGAAUCGAUAGAUGCUCCAAAAGACUCCUUUAAUCGCUGGCUGAUGGAGAGAAAGGUGAUAGAUUGUGGUUCGGAUCCUUUGCUCCCGAGCCAAUGUUUCCCUGAAAUAUCCAUGUCCAUGUAUCGCGAGAUAAUGAAUGACAUACCCAUAAAACUCGUGAGACCCAAAUUCACGGGUGAUGCCAGGAAACAGUUGUCUCGUUACGCAGAGGCUGCUAAGAAGGUAAUAGAAUCAAGGGAAGCGACGCCAGAGAGUAGAAAAGUGGUAAAGUGGAACGCUGAGGAUACGUUUCAGUGGCUGAGAAGAACUGUGGGUGCUACGUUUGACGAUUUUCAAGACAGACUUGCUCACUUAAAGCGUCAGUGUCAGCCUCACUUAACAGAAACUGUAAAAGCUAGUGUAGAAGGAAUCUGUUUGAAAAUUUAUCAUUUAUCCACGGAGCACGCCAAGAAAGUCAAAGACAAAAAUGCCCAGUUACUUAAAGAUAGUAAUUUGGCAGACGCGAUACCUGCAGGUGGACCUGCGAGUACGCAACGCAAAGUGUGGUGCUACCCAGUGCAAUUCUCUCUUCCGACCCCCCGGCUUCCACAGAUUGAAUAUCUACCAGAAAGGGAACAGACGAUGCUGCGCUUCCACAACGACGCGAUGUGUAUCAACAACACGCAUUUGGCAAAGUUGGAGCACCUGUACAGACACAACUGCUUUGACGAUCGCAAGUUUGAAAUGUUUUUGCCGCGCGUCUGGUGCAUGCUGAAACGCUACCAAACGUACCUGGGUAGCACCGAAAGCCAGGCGACGCAGAUGGCACUGCCCGUGACCGUGUUCGAGUGCCUUCAGAGAAUGUUCGGCGUUACCUUCGAGUGCUUUGCCUCACCCCUCAACUGUUACUUCCGACAAUACUGCUCGGCCUUCGCCGACACAGAUGCGUACUUUGGCUCGCGAGGGCCCUUCCUCGACUUCAGGCCUAUCAGCGGUAGCUUUCAGGCAAACCCGCCGUACUGCGAGGAGCUCAUGGAGGCGAUGGUCAAUCACUUCGAGCGGCUACUAUCCGACUCGACAGAAGCCCUGUCCUUCGUCGUCUUUUUGCCCGAGUGGCGAGAUCCAGCGCCCAACGCUCUGCUGAAGCUCGAAGCCAGCCACUUCAAGCGAAAACAGGUCGUCGUGCCGGCUAUGGAACACGAGUACAGACACGGCUUUCAGCAUGUUCUUCCAAAAGGGGAAGUGAAUAUCAGGGCCAUCCACGGGACUCUCGUAGUCUGGUUACAGAACGCGGCGGGUCAUGCGCGUUGGGGCCCGACGGAGGAGCGCGUGGAGGCCCUGCUGGAAGCGUGGCGGCCAGGGCGUGAACGAGAACGUGAUCGACAGGAGCUGCUCUCGCCACCUCGACAGACGCCCGCUCCCUCGCAGACACCGGCACCACAGCCGACGAUUGCAUCGCCAACGCCUCUGCCCGUGCCGGUGCCAAUGACGCCGACAACGGCACCUGUAGGUUUGAUGAGUCCGACCCCUAUUACCGCUACGCAGAACACGACGAUGACGACGCAGCCGACCAUCAUUACGUCGCAUACCAUCUGAGAGGAGGCCUCGACGAGCGGCCCAGCUGCCGUCGACAAGGAUAAGGAUAAAGACAAGGACAUGAUCGGCAAUUGCUGAGGAUUACUUACGCGAGUUAUAUGCUACGUGCUUGUUAGGGUGGCUCGGAUUAACGACUGUCUCUUUCACUUGUUAUUUCAAUCAGAGGAUGAAUUUUUUAUCGCAUGAAUCAGAAAAACUUAGGAAUUCCAAUGCGUAUAAUAUCCUUAAAGAUUUUUAAAAAUGCAGCGAAAAGUUCGGACCACCCAAAGCCUAGUAAAUAAUAAGUUUUAAGGCACUAUUUUUUCAAACAAAGAAAUUUAUUGUACGUACUUUGCGUAAAAGUAACGAUGAUAUCGUGGCCCUAAUUCUUGGUCAGCGCUCAUCGCGAAUCUUUUUUUCUUCCUUUUUUCAUGUGGAAUUCGUUGUUUUGAGAUAUGUGAUGACUUGCUAUGGUUUAUUGUAAAACAAUUUUGUAUCAUUAGCUACGAAGAUAGUGAAUGUUGUUGCUUUAGUUACUUUAAUAAUAGAGAUUUUUACAUGGGCAUUGAAGUGAAUUCCAGUCUUUUAUGUGAAAAAAUUUAUUUGUUUUGCAAAGAAACUGUUUUCAUUAUCCAACAAUGAAGUGGCUAUUACAAUGUCUUUAGUGAGUAUAUAUCUUAAAUGCUAUAAAGGGCUGGAAUGUAUUUUUUACUCUGUUAAAGAUCUCUUAUUUUCGGUCGGUGAAUGCACUUUUCUUUAAAGUCAAUAAUUUAAAGGAAGGCAUUGAUACUUCCUUAUUAAUAUCUAUCAUCGGAGUAAACGAGAAAAAGAAUAUAAGUGUUCUUUUUUUAAGACUAUCGGUCAAGUGCAUUCACUAAAAUUUAAUUUUAACAGUGGCAAACAAAUAGUGAUCUAUGAAGUUUUGUUUCCUGCAGAACGUAAGCGCAUAUCAUAGUGAUUAAUGUGGAGUGUUCUAUUCAGCACAAAAUUAUUAGGUAGCAAGUCUCAAAGUAGCCUGUAUGUAAAUAGCGCAGCAUCAACUCGAACAAGCUUUGAUUUAUUUACUAAUGUUGAAAGUCAUGGUUACUUUAUACAUAUACAAUGUGAAGCACGCCCUGCUUUUAAAAAAUGUUUUUGCUUUAGCCAUUUACUUUAAUUUUAGAUAUUAUAUAUAUCUUGAAAACUAGAGAAACUAUAUACAACUUAUAAGAGUGCAAAUAACUGAUCUUAAAGAUCUCUUAUAGGUUUUGUACAUUUUUAUUAGGGUGAUAUGUUGUAAAUAUAAAAAAUAUAGUGUAAAUAUAAAAAAAAUAUGUACCGUACUGACAUCACGUGUUUUCACAUUCUGUCUAUUCAUCUUUUUAUUAUAUUUUUCAAUUUUGUAUCUUUUGUUGCUAUAUUAUCUCAAUAAUUGUUUCACUUCAGCCCAUCCGUUCAAAUCCAUUAUUAAAAUUUAUAUAUUUUAUUUCAUAAAAUUGUUGUUUGUAACCAUAUAUCAUGCAGUAAUAAAUUUAUGCACUGCACUACAUCUUACAAAUUGAUAAAUAAACCAAGAGGUUGAGCGUUGAGGCAAGGCAUAAAAAAACAGAAAUUAAUGAUAAGUUAUGCAAUAAAUCAAAUUAAAUUUUCCUUAAAUGCAAUAUAGAUAGAGAUAAAUUAAAAAAUGCUAUAAAAUUCAUAAAUGAAAAAUUAAGAUUUUAAAAUAAACAUUAUUUGUUCAAUAUUUUAAUUUAUUUAAAGUUUAAAUUGAAGUAUAAAAAUCUACGAAAAAUAAAUAACAACUUAGAUAAUUAAAUUUUAUGCUAUACUAUAUUGAUUACAAUUGUUAAUGUUCAUUGGUAUUUUGUGAAAAUAAAUUGCACCUAUGAAACAACAUA